ACUCAGUGCACGUAGUGUGGACACUCUCCUGGUUGUGUUCAGUUUAUAACGCCCAAUAUAGCCAGGAAUACCAAGUGAACGCAACUGGAUUAGCGGCUGCAUUUCAUUGGCAUCAGCCAAGAUAGGAUUAGGGCACUAAAAUGAUCACUUUGCAUUAAAAAAAAAAAAAAAGACUCUCAUCUCCACAAUAUCGCCAUGGCUCGGAAUGUCAAAACUCCUAUGGGGACUGUAAAGGUCACACCUGGAGCUGUUGUAUGCUUGGAGGCUGAUUAUUUUGGGGACAUUUCUAUUGGUACACGUACAGUUAUACAUCCAAAAGCUCGUAUUAUUGCAGAAGCAGGACCAAUUAUUAUAGGAGAAGCAAAUCUUAUAGAAGAACAAGCACAAAUAAUAAACAGGUUACCCCCUGGAAAAGAGCCUGGUGAAACUCCUCAGGUGAUGGUUAUUGGAAAUAAUAAUGUUUUUGAAGUCGACAGUUAUUGCCAAGCAUCUAAAAUUGGAGAUAAUAAUGUUUUAGAAUCAAAGAGCCAUGUGGGACCAGGGGUGGAAUUGAGCCGUGGUGUUGUCAUUGGAUCCUUGUGCUCUGUUACGUGUCCUCAAGUUGUAACCGAAAAUACUGUCAUAUAUGGAGAUGGGUUCCAUCAGAGAACUCAGUCAGAGAAGCCAGCAGCUCAGGGGCUACAGUUAGAUUUCUUGACCAAGAUUCUUCCAAACUACCACCAUCUUGUCAAACCUAAGAAAAAACUUCCAGCUUGAACUGCCAUAGUUCAUUUUUAGACUUACAAGAUUCCCAAGAAAUUUAAAUUGUCAUUUUAGGAAGAGACUUGUAUCAUGUUAAGUAAGCUAAUGCAAUUUGUUGAGCUUCUUAUGUUUUUUUGUAAGUUAGGCAAAGUUAUGAUGUUAGUUUUUAUAUUUCACUCAGAAAACUGGAGUCACUAAACAUUACACUUUUAGCUUUGAAAUUUUCAAAAGUUACCCAGUUAAAGUAACUUACAAUUAUAUUUGCACUGCUGCUUCACUUAUUCAUGUCACUGACCUGUAACAUGUGAAAACUUUCUUUGGAUAUUGUUAAGUACCUCAUGAGAGCUCUACACCCCUGAAUGACCAAAGAAAAUAAGAAAAACAAAUGGAUUUCAAUUAUGAGACUCAGCAUCCCUAGUUAAAGGCAAUUCUCAGCCAUUUUCAUGGUCAGUUACUAUUGUUAUUGCUCAGAGAUGUAGCUCUGAAUACUUGCACAACAUCAGUUUUAAUACAGAUUUCUUGCAACCAGCAACUUGAUGAGUGCUACUGCUUGAACCAGAUCUUUUAUUGCUCAUACUGAAGUAAAGGCUCCAACCAUACAUAUAGUAUAUGACAAUUAAUAAAAGACUUGGUAGUUGACAUACUACAAAAGAGAGAGUACCUUCUGUAUUUUUCUUUCAGUAUAUUAUCAGGGAUUUUAAUACUUUGAUUGAAUAACAAAGACAUUAUAAUGGUUGGUGUAACAGUAAAUAUCUUACUAUUUAUUUGCCAGUCUUUUAUAUUUCUUUCUUUUUAAAGAUAUUUUGAAAUUCAUUUGCACAGUUGACAAAAAUUCUCGUAAUCAGCAUUGCUGAUGUGGUAAAAGUGUAUAUGAACAGCUGUCAUGAAGUACUAGAUUCUAAAACUUUCCACAUGGAACAUGUCAAAGGAAUUAGGUAUCUGUGGAUUACAGUUGUACGCAAAGCAUUUGUAAUUGGAUGCAAUGGUUGAUGGUGCUUUGUCUGCAAGUUAAGCUGAUAAAGAGUUUUCAUCUACUAUACCUUUAUAUAUCAUAUGAAAUGUUUUGGGGAAAAGGAUAUUUGCAAUAAGAAACAAGAAGUUGUUUAGAACCAUUCCUAACAUGUGGUGCAGUUUAUCUUUACUGUUCUAUACUGUCUUCAAGAUUGCCGUAAGUUGUGCAGAAAGCUUUAAUAAAGUAUGAUAUAUUUA